AUGAAUAUAUUGCUGACACUGAACAAGAUGAUCGAGAUGCUCAAGAUCGUCGACGGCUACACAACAAUCGACGAGAUUGCUGUUGACCAAAAAUUUGCAUACCAUGAGUUUCCUGAGAACACUAGAGUUAGAGCUGCUACGAGUGAGUUCACCGAUUUUGCUUCGGUUUGGUGGAUAGAACAUGGCAAGAAAAAUCCUAAUAACAUGCCACAAACUUGGGAUGCUUUGAAACGGGUCAUGCGGGCUAGAUUUGUUCCUUCUUACUAUGCACGUGACUUGCUGAAUAGAUUGCAACAAUUGAGACAGGGUGCGAAAAGUGUAGAGGAAUAUUAUCAGGAGUUACAAAUGGGCUUGCUUCGUUGUAAUUUAGAGGAAACUGAGGACACUGCCAUGGCUAGAUUUUUGGGUGGGUUAAACCGCGAGAUUUAUGACAUCGUAGACUAUAAAGAUUACACUAAUAUGACCCGAUUGUUUCAUCUUGCUUGUAAGGCUGAAAGGGAAGUGCAAGGACGACGUGCUAGUGCCAAGGCUAAUUUUUCUGCAGGUAAAACUUCAUCAUGGCAGACACGCACCACUCCUCCGGCCGGCCGUACUGCUUCUCCAUCUUCCACACCCACAACCAGUCGAGCAGCACCUCCUCCAUCUAGUGACAAGUCCGUGACAAAGGCCGCUCAGCCAGCACCGAGUGCUUCUUCAAUGGUAUCCACAGGCCGAAUGAGAGAUGUUCAGUGCCACCGUUGCAAGGGCUUUGGGCAUGUGCAGCGUGACUGCCCUAGCAAGCGAGUUUUGGUAGUCAAAAACGAUGGUGAGUACUCCUCUGCUAGUGAUUUCGAUGAUGAUACACUUGCUUUGCUUGCGGCUGACCAUGCAGAUAAUGAGCCACCGGAAGAGCACAUUGGGGCUGCAUUUGCGGAUCACUAUGAGAGCCUCAUUGUGCAGCGUGUCCUUAGCGCACAAAUGGAGAAGGCGGAGCAAAAUCAGCGACACACGUUGUUCCAAACAAAGUGUGUCCUCAAAGAGCGUUGUUGCCGCAUGAUCAUUGAUGGAGGUAGCUGCAACAACUUGGCUAGCAGCGAGAUGGUGGAGAAGCUUGCACUUAGCACCAAACCGCACCCACAUCCAUACUACAUCCAAUGGCUGAACAACAGUGGUAAGGUGAAGGUAACAAAACUGGUGCACAUUAAUUUUGCAAUUGGAAAUUACCAUGAUGUUGUUGAAUGUGAUGUUGUGCCCAUGCAAGCAUGUAAUAUUCUGCUAGGUAGACCAUGGCAAUUUGAUAGGGAUUCUAUGCAUCAUGGUAGGUCCAACCAGUACUCUUUUCUGUACCAUGAUAAGAAAAUUGUGUUGCAUCCCAUGUCUUCUGAAGAUAUUUUGCGUGAUGAUGUUGCUAAGGCUGCCAAAUCCAAAUGUGAGAGUGAUAAAAAAGCCCAAUCUGAUGGCAAGAAACCUGAGACAAUCAAUUUGAAACCCAAAUGCUUACUUGCUACUAAAUCUGAUAUUACUGAGUUGAUUGCAUCACCUUCAGUUGCCUAUGCUUUGGAGUACUCUGAUGUGUUUCCCAAGGAAGUGCCACCGGGGCUGCCACCGGUGCGCGGCAUUGAGCAUCAAAUCGACUUGAUCCCAGGUGCUUCCCUACCGAACCGUGCGCCAUACCGAACCAACCCUGAGGAAACCAAGGAGAUUCAGCGUCAAGUUCAUGAGUUGCUUGAUAAAGGGUAUGUACGCGAGUCUCUUAGUCCAUGUGCGGUUCCGUGGUUACCACCAGAUUCGUAUGAAGUUGGGUGA